UAAAUGUCAUUUUGGGAAGAAGCGACAACUUUGUCUGAUUAUGCGUGUAAAUUAAAUUAAUUUAGCUUUAUUGGUGCAAUUACGAAUAUCUAGGAUGUGCUAAGUUUUCAACAGUAACCCCUCAAUGUAUUAAUUUGUAGGAAACUAUUGUAAGUUUUGAUAUAAUGGCUAUAACACAAGAAGAAGUUAUUAGGAUGUAUCCUAUCCAUUGGUUGGUUUGGAACAAUAGUCAUGAAGAAUUGAGGUCUUCUUUGGAGUCCAAUAUGUUUACGCCUGAAGACAUAGAGAAAAAGGACCCGAGGGGUCGAACCCCUUUACUCCUUGCUGUCACCUUAGGCCACAUAGAGUCGGUCAGGUUGCUCAUCGAUGCUGGUGCUGAUGUCAACUGUGAGAAAGAUGGAUGGACUGCGGUCCAAGAAGCAACGGCGACUGGCGAUGCGGAGUUACUGUCAUUAGUUCUCUCAAGGCGCGACUACCAGCGUCUGCACGCGCGCUCCGGAGGCAUUCCCGAGCUGUUACACAAACUGUCUUUGGCACCAGACUUCUAUGUUGAGAUGAAGUGGGAGUUCACCAGUUGGGUGCCUCUCGUGUCGCGCAUGUGCCCGUUCGACACGUACAAAGUUUACAAACGCGGCGGCAACGUGCGCGUGGACACCACGCUCGUCGGCUUCGAGAACAAUCGAUGGCAGAGGGGCGACAGGACUUACAUAUUUAGAGGGCAGGGGCGGACGGCCAGCCUGAUCGAGCUGGACCACGAGGCGGGUACGUCGUGGUGCGAGCAGCUGCAGCCGCUGGAGCCGGGCGCGCCGCCCGCCGCGCCCGCGCCGCCUGCGCACGCGCUGCGCCAGAGGCUCACCUCGCCGCUCGCCAUCAAUUACUUGGACACGGAUAAGAUUAGUUUCGAAAGGAAUAAAAGCGGCAUCUGGGGCUGGAGGCAAGACAAGACGGAAAACGUUAACGGCUACGAAUGCAAGGUGUUCAGCGCCAACAACGUGGAGCUGGUCUCCAAGACUCGCACCGAGCAUCUACCCCCCGGGGAGAGGAAGUCUUCCCCCAGGGCCCCAUUGGCCGGGCUGCUGGCUUUGGCCGAACCUGGUACUCCUACUGGGGAUAGCACACCGCUUUUGACACCGGAUAAUGAGCAGCCGCCGGCCGGCAGCCGGUCCGGCGAGAGCGCGGCGCUGCCGUGGCCGGAGUACUUCGGCGGCGGCGGCGCGCGGGACGUGGGCCGGCCGCGGGAGGUCGCCACCAAACUGCAGAAGUUCAAGGCGACGCUGUGGCUGUGCGAGGAUUAUCCGCUGGAGUUGCAAGAGCAAAUAAUGCCGAUCUUGGACCUGAUGGCUGCAAUAUCGUCUCCGCACUUCGCCAAACUGAAGGACUUCAUACAGAUGCAGUUGCCAGCCGGCUUCCCGGUCAAGAUAGAAAUCCCCCUGUUCCACGUGCUGAACGCGCGGAUAACUUUCGGCAACAUCUUCGCGACAGAGACGCCGGUCGCUCACGUAGAGUGCAUACACGAGGGCAACAGGCUCUCCUGCGUGGUCGACGAUGCUUGCUUCAGCGUCGGCCGUGGAUAUCGCGACGCGGCCCACGUGAACGGGCUGGCGUGCCACCUCGACGAUGAGGAGGGGCUGCUGCAGUACGCCAUACAGCAGAGUCUCAUGGAGCCUGGAACUAGCGACGAACAGGUGGACGUGUGGGAAGCCCUGCGCGGCGCGCGGCCCACUUCGCCGUGCGGCCGCGGCGCCCCCGUAGAUCUAUUAGAGGCUGAAGAGGCGCAGCUACAGAGGGCGAUCGAGGAGUCCCUGCGCGCCCUGUCCCUCCCCGGCGCGCCCCCCGCCGCACCCCCCACCCCCCCCUCCCCGGCGGAGGGCGAGCUGCAGCGCGCGCUAGAGCUGUCUGCGCGCGAGCAGGCGCGGCGGGAGCUCGAGCUGGCGGCCGACCAGCGCGCCCUGGACGAGGCGCUGCGGCUCUCGCUGCGGGAACACUGAUCUCAUUAAAGACUUUAAAAGCGUCCACCAAAAGAAGACUUACGCCUAAAGGUACAUUAAAUUAGUUAUAUAUACUAUACCCAUAGACGUAUAUAAAGGCGGACGGAGUGUGGCUUGAAAAAAAGUGAAGCAACGAAAUCGCGGCGUUGUACGCAUUAUAUACAUAUAAAUAACAUGCCAUUUCGUGAGAUAAUCUAUGACACGUCAUGAUGUAAUGGUGGCCGACUGUCACACUAUUAGUGAGAGUGUGUGCGAAAGGCGUGUAUAUACACAAUGGGCUAUGUAUAUACACGCCUUAGAAUAGAAUAGAUUUAUUUUCAAAAUUGGAUACAAGGUAUCAUUUAUUGACGUCACAUCACUUAAAUCUAAUUAUAACUGCUACCGCUUCCAAAGCGCAUGUGUAGAAGAAGCGGCGGAACAAACUACACUGCAGCCUACUAUUGGGGCUUCAUUUUGCCGUGUAGUAAAACUCCGUCCGCCUUUUUUUCUACGUCUAUGACAAAACCAUUAUUGACUGUAUUUAUUCCGGCAUUGCGAUAUGUAUAGACUGUGACUAUAGUGAGAUGUCUUAUAACCAAGUGAUUUGGUAGAUUUUUAUAUUGAAAGAAACAGUUUCGAAAAGAGGUACAUUAGACUUUACUUUGUGCUUUUUCACGCGAUGUUUAUACACUUGCUGGGUCUAACUAGUCGCAUGUCUGUGUCAUACUAUCAAGAUGAGCAAUCAUUGAUGUAUCAAGAUAAUGACUUACACAAAGAUUUUUCUUAAAAUUGUUUUCCAAAAUUAAAGUAUGUUCAUAAAUUUUAGGUUAUAAAUAAUAAAUAUGAGAAUAAUGUUUUUAAAGUUUAUUUGUAUCAUCGUGCAAUGAAGAAAAUUUUGUGUAAUAACCAGUAUUAAAGAUGUGAAUGCCAGUGUGGGUUCAAACAUUAUUGGCAAUUUUUUUUUUUCAUAUUCUUAGCAAAUUGGAUUUUGUCAAUGAUUGAAAACAAAAAUAUGAAUGUUUGCUCACGAAAUGUAAAUUGAAAUGUGAUUGAGUACUGGAAUUGAGUCGCAAUACAAUAUUACCAUUUUUAUAUGUUACACCCAUGUACAUGCGCAGGAGUUUUAAUUUUGUAUGGCGCGAAAUGUUAGAGCGGUUAAGCCAAUCAGAGGGCGCCAUUUGAACCCGCGAUCUGAACUAUCCGCGUUGUACAACUAUUAUGGAUUUCAAGAUUAAUUUACUUGUAAUAAGGUCGGUUUUAAUUUGGCUUAAUUCGACGGUAGGUUGCGCUAUUUUGCGCCGUCGAAUUUUGUUGAAGCGACUUAUAAACGUGGUAGUACUGGCUAAUCCGCCAUUUUGAUAUUGUUACUGUAAGGUAAACUGAUUCUUUAGAAAUUUUUUUUUAUAUUUUGAUUUCGCAAACAUGCUUCUACUGAAACUAGAUAUAUUUUAGGUCCUUUUAACGUCGUGUUUAUAAUAAAAAUUGAACUGAAGCAAUUUUUUGAAAUAACAAGAUUUUACUUGAAAUUAAUUAAAUAAAAAUACAUAUUAGACGGGUUUGUCCCGAAGCUCACUUCUACACUUAUUAUGACAUAUCCGUGCCAAAUUUAAUCAAAAUAUGUGCCCACUAGUUCUUGAGUUAAUUCGUAACAAACGCUCAGAUUCUUUUUCAACUUAAGCACGGAUAUAAAUACUUGAGUUUUAACCACGCCUUUGGCUUAUUUCAUUGUUUUUGUAAUUAUAAGUGGAGCGGUCAAUCGGCGUCCCGAUAACUAAAUAUGAAUCGAUCUACGGCUCCUUUCGUAAGCCCUCAGGUGUUUUCGCGCUCCGAAAUAAACUCACAUGUUGUCUCUGUCAUGUUAUUCGGAAGGAGACAGAGAUAGGAACAGUUAAAACAAAGCGGCGCAUUCGUCAAUUGAAAGAGUUAACGAAAAACACCGAGCACCGCUCGGCCGUCCAGGUAUAUUCUUUUGAUCAGACCAGUUAUCUAUCAGCAGUUUACCAUACAGUAUUUUUUUUCUAUAUAUUUUAUAUAUUCUAUUUAGUAAUGAUGUAAGUCUGGCAAUAAAUGUAUGUAUUUAGGUUAGUGUGCAAUAUAUUUAUACGUACUUACAUGUUUUGUAUUUAUGAAUCAAAGUCGCUGAGGGAGCAGCAUUGUCUUUUCUAUACAACACAAGUUCUAUGUCAUUUCAGUUUUAAACUCUUCGUUUAAUGUCAAUUUCUUUUGCUUAGUUUCUAUAAAACCUACAAAAUGUAUUAAAUAAAAUAUCUCGCAUUUUGUACCUGCUGACGUAGAAAAUUAAUUCCUUGGCGUCUAUGACCAAAAGUAAUGAAAAUUAUUACAGCAGCAUGACUUAUUACGUUUUACGGCGGGCGGUUAAUUAAGGUUGAUUGAUAUUAAUAGAGUAAAAUCGUCUACACAAAAAAUACAAAACCUUGUAAGUACGGUCAACAUCACAUUCACCUGCCCAAAUUCAUUGCAAAUUUGUCUCUACUACGACGUCAUAGGUAUUACGCAUGGUAACUUGAUAUGCGGUUAACUGUACAUUCAAUAAGGUUUUUUUACAAGCUUUUUUCUGGCUUAAGCUGUCGCCUGACUGUAAUUAAAUCAUGGUAGUAAAAUAUCUUUUUGUACUGAAAUUUUGGUAUACGUAUAGGUACUUUGUAGCUAGGUGCGUGAAAUAAGAUAAAAUUUAAUCAUGAAGCUUAUUUUACAACCAUUUACUUCGUAAUCUUAUAUUAAAAAUUCACGUGUCACAAUGUUCGUUCCCGUACUCCUCCGUAACGGCUUGACCGAUUCUCAUGAAAUUUUUGGCCGAUUCUCAUGAAAUUUUGUGAGCAUAUUGAGUAGGUCUGAAAAUCGGCCGAUAUCAAUUUUUCAUACCCACAAAAUGCAAAACAACGUUUUUUUCCUGGACACCUAGUAUGUAUUGAACAUGCGUAUACAUAAAUAUAUACAUGUGUGUAUACAUGCGUAUGUCUGUUUGUAUGAUGGAUCACUUAAUUUAUGUAUUUGACAUCUGUCACUCAAAUCAAGCUGAACGAAUGUUUACAUAUAUUCAUAAUCGUAUGUAAACAUUUGUAUCGGUCCAAAUUGUACCCGUGUCGAAGGCAGACAUUACAUUAAUAUUGUAUUAUUGAAUAGGAAAAGAUACCCUUUAAACUCUACUCAUAUGCGGUAAUUCAAACCACAAUACCAUAGCGGUGACUUACAACAAUAAUUUCCACUUCAAUAUAUUUUAUUUUUUUAAGCAAUUAUUAUCAUAUUUGUAUAAAUAUAAUGUUUUGUAUUCGUCUGCUAUUUUAAUUAUUUUAUAUGGCUGUUUUUAUUUAUUGAUUCCAAAUAUAUAACCAUUUCUCACAUCACGAGAAAAGUAUAUUAGUAUAAUUUUAGUUUAAAUGUUACUCAGCAGACUUAUACAAGACAAGUAGCGCCCUCUUUAUAUGCAAUAUAAAUACUGUAUAAACUUGUCACACGUAAAAUAUACAUAUAAUAUACAAACCUUCCUCAUUCCCUCGUGUACAACCAAUGUAUAUUAAUGUUAUUGUAUUAUAUUUCUGUAUAUUGAAUUUUUAAA